AUGGCAAGCCGAGGAAGACACCGCCACCACAUCAAGGAAGAGCAGGCACCGGUGCUUGAAUGUCACCCCUCCACAGAUCUGGCCCUCACCGGCGAGGAGGUGCCGGACCCGGCCAUGACACCGGUGGAUCUAGCCACGGAUGCGGAAGAAUACGCCCAGUUCCUGUUCUAUCUAGACAGGCAGCCCAUCCGUGAAGAUAUAAUUAGUGUUAUUCAUGGCAUGGAUACAAAGGAUGGAUUAUCUGUUGAUGCAGCAUCAAGAAUAGUAGAUGCAUUUCCAAACUAG